AUGACUCUUGCAAUCUGCGUAUAUCGCCAGCUCGAUUCGCGAGAAAAGGGUGAAAAGUUUAGAGGUCUCCUACGCGAUGUCGCCACGGUCACGCUGUCGAACGAACCUGAUAACAAAGGGUAUUGUUGGUUUCACAAAAGCCAAUCCAGUAGCCUCCCAGGAGAGUGGAUUAGUGGGCUUGAGUUUGCAGAAUAUCAGAGGAUGCGCAAAGUGGUUGCGGAAGAGGAACUUCUGGGCAAGGCAUAUCCUCAGAUAAUCUUUCUCAAACCAGCAGCUCCCUCCGGUUUUAUCAACCGGGGGUCGACAGCAACAAUCCUUGACGAAAAUGACCAGUCGUUGGUGGUGAUAUCGCAAUACAAAUAUAAAGCGAAGUCAUUGCAAACUUUCCUCACAGAGAUCGAACAAAUGGCUCAGACUUGCCGCAAGGAGCCGGAAGUCCUGGCUUAUUUCCCCAUGCUCAGAAAGGACGGCGAGGGCGCGGUUCUGACGGUCUUUGAGCGGUAUGGCUCAGAAAAUGUCUACGGCAGGAUCAAAGAGGCAUUGCAUCCUUUUAUUGCGAAACUGAAUGAUUUGAGCGAUGACAUUGUCGUCACUACAUGGGAAAAUGGCUUUGGACACUUGAAAAGCAUUAGCAACAACUUUGAGCCCUAG